ACUAUGGGGGCUGUGCUGGGUGUCUUCUCCCUUGCCAGCUGGGUUCCAUGCCUCUGCGGUGGGGCGUCCUGUUUGCUAUGUAGUUGCUGCCCCAACGUUAAGAAUUCCACCAUGACCCGCCUCGCCUAUGCCUUCAUUCUCUUCUUGGGCACGGUUGUGUCCUGUAUCAUGCUGACACCAGGGAUGGAAACCCAACUGAAGAAGAUUCCUGGGUUUUGUGAAGGAGGAUUUAAAAUCAAGGUAGUUGAUGUCAAGGAGGAUAAAGAUUGUGGUGUGCUGGUCGGUUAUAAAGCUGUGUACCGGAUCAGCUUUGCCUUGGCCAUCUUUUUCGCUAUCUUCUUUCUGCUCAUGUUGAACGUAAGAACAAGUAAAGAUCCGAGAGCAGCAAUACACAAUGGGUUUUGGUUCUUCAAAAUUGCAGCCCUUGUUGGUAUCACGGUUGGAUCUUUCUACAUUCCUGGGGGUCAUUUUGCCACAGCCUGGUUUGUUGUUGGCAUGAUAGGGGCUUUCUUAUUCAUUGUCAUCCAGCUGGUGCUGCUGGUGGAUUUCGCUCAUUCUUGGAAUGAAAAAUGGGUAAAUCAAAUGGAGGAAGGAAACCCAAGGUGCUGGUAUGCUGCUUUAUUGUCUGCGACAAGUUUCCUUUAUACCCUGGCAUUCAUCUCAGUGGUAUUAUUCUACGUUUAUUUCACCAAACCUGAUGGCUGCACAGAAAACAAGUGGUUCAUCAGUAUUAAUCUGAUCCUGUGCAUUGUGGUUUCUGUCAUUUCAGUUCUUCCAAAAAUUCAGGAACAUCAGCCUCGGUCUGGGCUCCUGCAGUCCUCUGUCAUCACCCUGUACACCAUGUACCUCACAUUCUCAGCCAUGUCCAAUGUACCAGAUCAUUCCUGCAAACCCGACCUGCUGAGCAUCAUCACACACAGAACGACACCAACCUGGGCUCCUGGAAACUCAUCUGCUGUAGCCCCAACUUCUGCUCCACCAAUAAAGACUGGACAUUUUCUGGAAGUAGAGGAUAUUUUGGGGCUGCUAGUCUUUGUUAUCUGCCUUGUGUAUUCUAGCAUUCGCAAUUCCAGCACUAGCCAAGUGAACAAGCUGACCCUGUCAGGGAGCGACAGUGUGAUCCUCAAUGACACUGCUACCAAUGGUGCCAGUGAUGAAGAAGAUGGACAGUUUCGGCGGGCUUUGGACAAUGAGAAAGAAGGAGUGCAGUACAGCUACUCUGCCUUCCAUUUCAUGCUCUGCUUGGCUUCCUUGUACAUCAUGAUGACUCUGACCAGCUGGUACAGCCCUGAAGCAGAGUUCCAGAACAUGACCAGAAAGUGGCCUGCUGUGUGGGUCAAGAUCAGCUCCAGCUGGGCCUGCCUCCUCCUUUACAUCUGGACCCUGGUGGCUCCACUUGUCUUCACCGGUCGGGACUUCAGCUGA